CUAACUGCAGUCGAAUGUUACUGUCACCCCAUCCUCUCUGAGAGGGUGUGACUAAGACACUUCAUACUGAGACAAGACAAGAAGAUUUUUCGACAUAUUACCAUAAACAGAGAUGCUUACAACUUCCAUCUCACAACUCCAAGAUCUAUAAUGCCUUUUAAUAAUCUUCAUUACUUGAGUUUAAAUCAGACUACGGGUUCAGGGAACUCGGAUGGAGGUCUGCAAGGGAUUCCUGGAUGGGAAAAGGCAUAGCAGCGAGCACUCUUCCUGCAGUCUGACAGAAUAUAAUGACUUGGAGGCUGCUGAAGCUUUGGUCUGCAUGAGCUUCUGGAGUCAGAUGUCUCCAAAACCCAACGUCUUCAAACCUCGCCCUCUCACACCAGCAUCAGACUCUUGCGAUUCUGUUUUGCAACCCGAACCGCCGGAGACUCCGAAGGACUUCGUCUCAUUAUCCUCCCUGUGCAUGACACCACCUCACAGCCCCAGUUUUACUGAGAUCUCCAACACUACAGCAGUGCCGGGAUCUCCUUCCCCACUGGCCCAACCGUGUCCCAGCCUCCUCAGUGCAAGAUCUGCUUUUCCCACCAUAACUUCCGUCAACCAGAUGGCCUCUUCUGGACACCGUACAGAGAAGACCACAUCUCCACCCUGCAGAGCAAUGGCAACCAGCGUAAUACGCCACACGGCCGACAGCUCCUUGUAUCAAAACAUUCCACAAGCCGUGUACCCAUCAAAGACUGAUAAACAGCUGCCUGAGGUUCCUUCAGCAACGCCUUCACCGCCCUGCCAACCCCAGAAAGACAAAACAACAGAAUGCCAUAACACCAGCACGCCCCCCUCCAAAAUCGAUACGCUUUCAACUCCUCAAUCACCACCCCCAACACCAAGUCCACCAAUCAUAUGCCAGAUGUUCCCAGUGGGACAACCAGGAGUCAUAUCGGCCACGUUUAUUCAGAAGCCCAGCCCUGGGGUGAAGUCCAUCUUACCACAGCCUCUCUUGAUGGGCUCUCCAGUGCCUCAGGGGACAGUGAUGUUUGUGAUGCCCCAAUCGCCAGUGUCUUCUGCUUCACAGUGCCCACAGACUGUUAUGACUCUGGGCAACACCAAGCUACUGCCCCUUGCUCCAGCGCCUGUCUAUGUGCCUUCAGGCCAAAGCAUUGCCAUGCAGGUCGACUUUUCACGGAGACGCAACUACGUCUGCAAUUUCUCAGGCUGUCGGAAGACAUAUUUCAAGAGCUCUCACCUGAAGGCACAUCUGAGAACUCACACAGGUGAGAAACCGUUUAGCUGUAACUGGGAAGGAUGCGAUAAGAAAUUCGCCCGGUCUGAUGAACUCUCCCGGCAUCGACGAACACACACAGGCGAGAAGAAGUUUGUCUGUCCGGUGUGCGACCGGCGGUUUAUGCGUAGCGACCACCUCACCAAACACGCCCGUCGGCACAUGACCACCAAGAAGAUGCCUUCCUGGCAAACGGAGGUGCGAAGUAUGAAUAAGAUCACCACAGUUAAAGCCUUGCCCCAUGGGACAGCAUUACCAGUCAGCAUGUUGCUUCCAGCCUCAAACUAAAUUUAAUUGAGCCUGAACUGUUACUGACAUUAUGCAGGGACAUCUGAUAUGAGGGCAUGCCUGCUGAUUCUCUCACGGGCGAAAACACGAUUAUGCACUGGACUCUUUAUUUCGCUGCUUAUAUUUCGCACUCUACAAUGGAACUUUUUGUUUACUAUUGUGUGAAAGAUUAAUGCACUCUUUUGCCAAAGUCUUUGUACUAUGUUUGUCUUAAAAGAAAUUAUCGUUUUCUUCCUUUUUUACGUUUGUAUGUAAAUGUAUGAUAUGCUAAACUACGUAUAAUUAAAAGGAAAAUUAGUAUGUAAAAAUGUAUAUGUGGAUAAUUACCUACACUGUGAGUAUCAUAUAAUACUCUUUUAUUUAAUACUCCUUUUUUAAAUAAACAAUGAAGAAUAAGUUUA